CGCUACUAUUCAACUAGCCAUCAAGAAGCAGAAUCGUCUACCCAGAACAACCAAACGAUUUCCAAUAAACAGCUUCUCUACACAACAGACCCUCUUACUCCAGGUUCUAUAUUUUUCUUGCCUCAUGGAACUAGAAUAUUCAACAAGUUGGUUCAAUUCAUGAAAAACCAGCAAACGAAGUAUGGGUUCCAGGAGGUCAUCACACCUUUAAUCUACAAGUCUAAACUAUGGGAAACUUCGGGACAUUGGCAGAACUACAAAGACGACAUGUUCAAAGUAGUUGGAAAUGACGUUUCUAAAGAACACGACAUCCAUAAUGAACAGUAUUCCCACGACAAGAGCGAAGGGUUACACGAAUAUGGACUUAAACCAAUGAACUGUCCUGGCCAUUGUCUUAUAUUCAGCAAGUUUGACAGGUCCUACAACGAAUUGCCUAUCAGGUUGUCUGACUUUUCGUCAUUACACAGAAAUGAAGCCAGCGGAGCUCUUUCAGGACUUACAAGAGUUCGCCGUUUCCACCAAGACGAUGGUCAUAUCUUUUGUGAGAUGGGACAAAUCAACCAAGAGAUCCACAACACCAUUAAUUUGAUCAAGGGUACAUACAAAGUUUUCGGAAUAGGUGAAAAGGACAUCGAAUACUUCUUAUCUACAAGGCCAGAGGAAAAGUUCAUGGGUGAUAUAGAAACUUGGAACAUGGCAGAGGAACAGCUUAAGAAUGUGUUGGAUACCGCUGCUGGCCAAGGAAACUGGCAGAUUAACGAAGGGGGUGGAGCCUUCUAUGGACCAAAAAUUGAUGUUUUGUUAACUGAUGCUUUCAACAAGAAGCAUCAAGUUGGUACUAUCCAAUUAGAUUUCCAACUUCCUGCCAGAUUUGACCUCAAAUAUGUGGCUGAGGAUGGGACUCGUGAUAACCAACCAAUCAUGGUACACAGAGCUGUUUUUGGAUCUUUGGAAAGAUUCUUUGCUAUUCUUUUAGAUCAUUAUCAAGGAAAGUGGCCAUUUUGGAUUAAUCCAAGACAAGCAGUGAUUGUACCUGUAAAUGCUAGCCAUGUUGAAGCAGCGGAAAAGUUGCAUAAGAUGCUAUCUGGCGACAUCAUCAACUCCGUCAAUGACAUCUCGCCUAUUACAGGUUACAAUUUCUAUGUUGAUGUAGACAGGAGAGCUGAGACUGUAGGCUCCAGAAUCAAGGAUGCUGUUCAAAAAGGCUACUCCUAUAUAAUUAUGAUUGGCGAUAAGGACAUUAAAAACGGAACGGUAGCCAUUAGAACGAGAGACAGCAGACAGAUUGUGAACCUCAAGCCCGAAGAGAUAUACGAAAAAUUCGUGGAAUUGGAAAAGUCUUUCCAGUAG